AUGUCUUCUUUGAAGGGAAAUGGCAUGGUGACGUCGUUACCUCAGCCGGAGCCCAAGUUGCCGCCGGAGCUGUACGGACGCCGGAGGGAGCUGGCCAAAGUACAGUUGGUAGAGAGAGAAAUUGGUUUUCUUGAGGAAGAAUUGAAAUCUAUCGAGGGACUUCAACUGGCUUCAAGAUCCUGUAAAGAGUAUGGUGUGUUAGUCGUGCAGGGUUGUAGAUUUUGUGACGGCAAAUGUAGAUCCUCUCAUGCCCUCAACCAAGAAAACCCGCAGAUCUUGCCGGUUCCGGGAACGGCUCUGUGGAGGAUUAUCGUGUUUGAAGGCCAAAUUGCUGUGAAUGCAAUGUAUGCAAUUCUUGCUGGAUGCCCGAGUGUUGUUUUUUCCCGUGUUGUGAUAGCAAAUGCCGUAACACAUACAAGUGCAGAAUCGACUUUUGCAGCUGCUGCUCGGCACCAAAUUGCCCUUCUUGCCUGA